ACGGAACUUGCCAUGGCUCAUUUCAUGGGUAUGGGCAUGACUCGGUGAAAGAGAGAGAGAGAGCAAGCGAGAGACGAACCGUGUGAGUUUGGGGCUCACAGUAAAGCCGGCCGCUGACCUGCACGUGUGCCCUAGUCAACGAUUCGACCGUGCUGUCAAAAGAGAAAGGGAUAGCCAGAAAAGAGAAACGCCUGGAAUGACACUAGCGCCAAGAGAUCAGAAUUAGGAGAAUAAGCACGAGAGGCACGGAGCAGUGAACAGCUAGCCGUCAAAGAGAAACAACUGAGAAAGACAGGCAAGAAAAAGGACAUCUAGUGGGACGAAUAGAGUUGUUUGAUUGCCCUGACAGAGUCUACGCUGCAAAAGAUUGUGAGUUAGUGCAGACAUGGCAGAUGCAGACUUGGACUUCACGACAGGCGACGCCGGGGCGUCUGCGACUUUCCCCAUGCAGUGCUCCGCCCUGCGUAAAAACGGCCACGUGGUGCUGAAGGGACGACCAUGCAAGAUUGUUGAAAUGUCCACCUCCAAAACCGGCAAGCACGGGCAUGCCAAGGUCCAUCUUGUGGGCAUCGAUAUCUUCACCGGGAAAAAAUAUGAGGAUAUCUGUCCCUCCACUCACAAUAUGGAUGUCCCUAACAUCAAGAGAAACGACUAUCAGCUGAUUGGGAUCCAGGAUGGCUACUUGUCUCUUCUGCAGGAUAGCGGUGAGGUCAGAGAAGAUCUUAGGUUGCCUGAGGGAGACCUUGGCAAAGAGAUUGAGAGCAAGUUUGAAGCUGGAGAAGAGAUGUUGGUCACUGUUAUCUCUGCGAUGGCUGAGGAGGCAGCAAUUUCCAUCAAACCCCUGGCUAAAUAAAAAGCAGCAGGUACAACCAGAGCUCUCACUUGUGUGUGUGCAUGCUGACCUGACUGCUAAGGCACAGAGUGACUGAGCUACAGCUGAGUGCCAACAGCCCAGCACUGAUCUGAGUGCCUAUCUUAAAAGGAAAGAUUCACCCCCCCCCCCUUUUAAAAACAAAGAAACAAACAAACAAAACAAAACAAAAAAACGAGCUCCCCAGUCCUUCUUUUGCCUUAGGAUUAGUCUGAUGUUGAAAUUUUAUAUAACUGCAGACAUUUGACUGUUUUCCUAAAUAUCUGUUUUUAAAAAGCUUGGAAUGGUUUUCUUCCCUCCUGUAACAAAAUAAUAACAACAACAGCAACAAAAAAGCAAAAUUCAAGAAUCAACCUAGUGAUCCAUGUGCAUCAUCAGAAUAAAGAUGUUUUCAAGUGUGAUGAAAGCUGUCAAGAAGUCAGUGUUCAUACCAACACAAGGGAGACAGAGAAUUCGAUUCUGAUGUGUUUGCAUCGUCUGCAGUAUUUACCCGGUAAUUUUCACAUCAUGAGAGGAAAGUCUAAAAAGAUAUUUCAAUAAGAGAUAAGUGGCAGCCCCCCCCCCACCCCACCCCCGCAUUUGAAUCUUUGAAUUUUUGGUUUAGCUAAUCUUGAGGUAACUGAAACAGGACAGUUCAUAUACUUCAGCGCAUCCUUCCCUUUGGAGAAAAAAAAAAUAAUAAUAAUAAUUUCAUCAUCCAAAUAAGGUCAUUUUCCCCCCCAAAACAUUCUCUUUCCUGGGAAGUAGAAUAAGACUUGACAUUGUGUUACUUGUUUAGCUACUGCCUUCAACUGAUCAUUUUAGCAUUAAUAACUGAACAAAUUUGGUCAAAUUAGCAUGCUUUAAAAGUUUUGCCAUGAAGCUAUUAAACAGUGAGGAUAAUAAGUGUAUUCCAUUGAAGACAUUAAAGAACUUUGGGCCUGGCCAAAUGUAGUAAAACAAAAAAAAAAAACAAAAAAAAAAAUACAUGAUUAAGAAUAUAUUUAUUGAAUUAACCAAGUAUUAUGUUGUUGCAAAUAUAAUAUAAAGGUUGUAAAUCAAAAAUAAAAAAUGAAUUGGA